GAGCUGCUCGGUUGUUGCGCUUAAAGUGGCUGCUGGUCAACUGUGCUGCAAAUAAAAUUCGUUUUUUUUUUUAUUUGUUUUUUUUUUUUCGUUUAUUUAUUUAUUUUUUGUUGUUGUUUUGUUUCUUUUGUGGCCUGAAAUGGCAGUGAAAUUGCAACUGGUCGCGCUGCUAUUGGCAACGGCUGUGCAGCUGGGCGCGAGGGCCGAUUGCAUUUGGUAUGGAGAGAGCCAUAUGAUUGGUGAACAUGCACAGAAUUUGGCGUACUCUGGUCCCCCCCUGGCCGUAAACAAUGCGGAUUCUGAGGCCAUUUUUGCCAAACGCUGCCCCACCCUGUAUGCGGAAUACAAGGGCGAAAAUGGGGACGAGGAGCUAAAGCUUUGCUGCGAUGCAAAACAGAUUGUAACCAUGGACGGAGGAUUGACGCAGGCCGAUGGUGUCUAUUCAAGGUGUCCAACCUGUACAUUGAACAUGGCACUGACCGUUUGCUCUAUGACCUGUGCCCAAAAUCAUUCGCUCUUCUUGACCGCCUACCUGGCAAAGAAUCCAGACGACGUGGACUUUGUGGAGCACAUUGAUUAUCGCAUCCAAGAUGAGAGCGUCAUGAAAAUCUACAACAGCUGUGCCAGCAUACAGCAUCCGCAAACGGGUCGACCCGCCAUGGAUCUGGGCUGUGGUGCCUACAAUGCCAAGACCUGUAAUUAUCGCAAAUGGUAUAACUUCAUGGGCGAUGCGGAGAACAGCGACUAUGUGCCGUUCGUUAUCAAUUAUAUGUGGUCGGAGGAUGCGCCCGAAGGCUCCGACGAUUACUAUCUGGAGGUGCAUCCGCUCGACUGCGGACAGAGCUAUGAGGGCAACUAUGCCUGCGCAUGCAUCGAUUGCGAGGAGUCGUGCCCAUUGACUGAGGCGCCAACUGGGCCCGUGGAUCCGUGGCAGGUGGCCGGACUGUAUGGCAUCACAUUUAUAGUUGCCUUGGUGCUGGGCCUGCUGAUAACAGGCUUCAUUUGCUGGGGUGCCACCGGGGAUCGUCGAGGCGCCAAUGUUUGUAUGCCAACCUUAUACGGCGAGUUUCUGUAUCGCGGCUGUCGCAGCUGGGGCACCUUCUGUGCCAAGCAUCCGGUCCUGGUGCUGGCUCUGUGCUCCUGGGCCAUUGGUGGGCUCGGCUAUGGUAUAGUCUACAUGAACGUAACCACCGAUCCCGUCGAGCUGUGGGCCAGCGAACAGAGUCAGACGCGCAUCGAGAAGGACUAUUUCGAUCAGCAUUUUGGACCCUUCUAUCGCACCAAUCAGCUCUUUGUGAAGCCAGUAAACAAAAACACGUUUACACACGAGACAAUCAACGGAAAUCUCACGUUUGGUCCAGCCUUUGAGCAGAGUUUCCUGCAGGAGGUAUUCGAGCUGCAGGAACAGAUUAUGCAGCUGGGCAUGUCAGAGGACGCCGGAUUGGACAAGAUAUGCUAUGCGCCAGUUCUCUAUCCCGGCCUAACACCCACCGUCGAUGACUGUGUCAUACAGUCCGUCUAUGGCUACUUCCAGCACGACAUGUCCAAAUUCCAAAGCUCCUAUGUGGACGCCAAUAACUAUACCAUAAACUAUCUGAAUCAAUUGGAGGAUUGCUUGCGUGUGCCAAUGAUGGAGGACUGCUUCGGCACCUAUGGCGGACCCAUUGAGCCGGGCAUUGCUGUGGGCGGCAUGCCAGCUGUUGCGAGUGGCGAGGAUCCCGACUAUAUGCUAGCCACUGGCCUUGUAUUGACAUUUCUGGGCAAGAACCAGAACGAUGUCAGCAAGCUGGAUAUUAGCUUCGAAUGGGAGAAACGCUUCAUUGACUUCAUGAGGAACUACACCAGCACACGCCUGGACAUAGCCUACUCUGCGGAGCGUUCCAUACAGGAUGCCAUUGUCGAGCUAUCCGAGGGCGAGGUGGGCACCGUGGUCAUCAGCUAUGUGGUAAUGUUUCUCUACGUGGCCAUCGCGCUGGGCCGCAUACGUAGCUGUGUCGGCUUCCUGAGGGACUCGCGCAUCAUGUUGGCCGUGAGUGGAAUCGUUAUUGUGCUGGCCUCUGUCAUCUGCAGCCUGGGCUUUUGGGGAUAUGUGGGCGUGACAACCACUAUGCUGGCAAUCGAGGUGAUACCGUUCCUGGUGCUCGCCGUUGGCGUUGACAAUAUCUUCAUAAUGGUGCACACCUAUCAGCGCCUGGAUCACAGUCGCUAUCCGAGCACACACGAGGCCAUCGGCGAGGCCAUCGGCCAGGUGGGACCAUCCAUUCUGCAAACGGCCAGCAGCGAGUUCGCCUGCUUUGCCAUUGGCGCCAUCUCCGAGAUGCCCGCCGUAAAGACAUUCGCCAUGUACGCAGCCAUCGCCAUAUUGUUGGACUUCUUGCUGCAGAUCACCGCCUUUGUGGCUCUGAUGGCCAUCGAUGAGCGACGCUAUCUGGACGGUCGCCUGGACAUGCUGUGCUGUGUGCGCAGCAAGGUGAAGCCGCAGAAAGCCCAUGAGGUUGGCGUACUGGAGCAGCUCUUCAAGAACUUCUAUGCGCCCUUCUUGCUAUCGAAACCGGUUAAGAUUAUCGUGCUGCUUAUCUUCACUGUGGUCACGGCCCUGUCUUUGAUGGUCAUGCCCUCAAUUGAACCAGGCUUGGAUCAGGAAAUGUCCAUGCCCAAAGAUUCGCAUGUGGUCAAGUAUUUCCGUUACAUGGACGAUCUACUGGCCAUGGGUGCGCCCGUCUACUGGGUGCUUAAGCCAGGCCUGAACUACAGCAAUCCGGCUCAUCAGAACUUUAUAUGCGGCGGCGUUGAAUGCAACAACGAUUCGCUUUCCGUGCAGCUCUACACGCAGUCGCGCUACCCGCAGAUAACCGCACUGGCCCGACCGGCAUCCUCAUGGAUCGACGACUAUAUCGAUUGGAUCGGUAUUUCUGAUUGUUGCAAGAUAAAUGCCACCACCGGCGGCUUCUGUCCGAGCAACUCCAAGAGCGAAGAUUGUUACCCCUGUGAGCGGCAAUUCACAGAAGAUGGACUGCGGCCUACUCCGGAAACAUUUGACAAAUAUGUGCCAAUUUUCCUCUCCGAUCUACCCGAUGCUGAAUGCGCCAAGGCUGGCCGACCUUCCUACGCUGACGCCGUCAUUUAUACGCUAAACGACGAGGGUCUGGCUACCAUAUUGGAUACGCACUUUAUGCAAUACUCGACCACGUCGACAACAUCGGACAAGUUUGUGGCGGCGCUGCGGGAGGCGCGUCGUGUCCAGGCUGAAAUCAAUGAGAUGCUGGCCAAUAAUGGCGCCGAUACAGAAGUGUUUCCCUAUUGCGUGUUCUUCAUCUUUUAUGAACAGUAUUUGACCAUCUGGGAUGAUGCCCUGGUAUCGCUGGGUCUAUCGUUGGCGGCCAUUUUUGCUGUGACUCUGCUGCUAACCGGGCUGGAUAUUACGUCGGCCCUGAUUGUGCUCUUCAUGGUCGUCUGCAUUCUGAUUAAUAUGGGCGGCAUGAUGUGGGCCUGGGACAUAACCCUGAACGCCAUCUCGUUGGUCAACCUGGUCGUCUGUGUCGGCAUUGGCGUUGAGUUCAUCUCGCAUAUUGUGCGCUCGUUUAAGCAGGCCAGGGGCAACGCUCAGCAGCGGGCGUUCCAUUCGCUCAGCGUUACCGGCAGCAGCGUUCUAUCCGGGAUUACGUUGACCAAAUUCGCUGGCAUUAUUGUGCUGGCCUUUUCGAAAUCACAGAUCUUUCAGGUCUUCUAUUUCCGCAUGUAUUUGGGCAUUGUGCUCAUUGGUGCCGCACAUGGCCUAAUCCUGCUGCCAGUUUUGCUCAGUCUGCUCGGCCCGCUCCAUGGCCUGGCCAAAGAUUCCAGCAGUGAGUCGCUCACCUCAAUGUCGCGCAGACAAAGCCAAGAGUCCAAAAACGUUAGGAGUUAAUUAAUUACUUUAUCUUUUUUUUUUCGAGUGUGUGUGCGUGCAUGUGAUUGUGUGUAUGUGUGUGUGUGUGCGUGUGUGUA